AUGGCUGCCCCUGCUACUGUCCCCACCAACCCCGCCAUCGAGCCUGAGUUCGAGCAGGCCGUCCAGGAGAUCACCACCACCAUCGAGCCCUUCCUUGCCGUCCACCCCGAGUACCGCAAGGCCCUUGAGAUCGUCCAGAUCCCCGAGCGUGUCAUCCAGUUCCGUGUCACCUGGGAGCGUGAUGACGGCUCCGUCGCCGUCAACCGCGGCUACCGUGUCCAGUUCAACUCCGCUCUCGGCCCCUACAAGGGCGGUCUCCGUCUCCACCCCACCGUCAACCUCUCGGUCCUGAAGUUCCUCGGUUUCGAGCAGAUCUUCAAGAACGCCCUCACCGGCCUCUCCAUGGGUGGUGGUAAGGGUGGCUCCGACUUCAACCCCAAGGGCAAGUCGGACGCUGAGAUCCGUCGCUUCUGUUACGCCUUCAUGCUCGAGCUCUCCCGCCACAUUGGUGCCGACACCGACAUUCCCGCCGGUGACAUUGGUACCGGUGCCCGCGAGAUCGGUUACAUGUUCGGUGCCUACAAGCGCUACCGCAACGAGUUCGCUGGUAUCCUUACCGGCAAGGGUGACGACUGGGGAGGUUCGCACAUCCGUCCCGAGGCUACCGGUUACGGUCUCAUCUACUACGUGACCGAGAUGCUUCGCGACCUCGACAACACCGACUGGAACGGCAAGCGUGUCAUCAUCUCGGGCUCCGGCAACGUCGCCCAGUUCGCUGCCCUCAAGGUCCUUGAGCUCGGCGGUACUGUCAUCUCCUUCUCCGACUCGACCGGUUCGCUCAUCUCCGCCGACGGCCAGGGCUUCACCGUCGACGACAUUGCCGCCAUUGCCGACGUCAAGCUCAAGCGCCAGGCUCUUACCGAGUUCGACCACUCUGGUCGCUUCGAGUGGCACGAGGGCAAGCGCCCCUGGACCCUCUUCGAGUCCGCCGACGUCGCUCUCCCCUGUGCUACCCAGAACGAGGUAUCCGAGGAGGAGGCUGAGGGCCUCGUCAAGGCUGGCGUCCGCUACGUCGCCGAGGGCUCCAACAUGGGCUGCACCCAGGAGGCCAUCGACGUCUUCGAGGCCACCCGUACCAAGAUCCAGGACGCCGCUAACACCGAGGGUAUCUGUUGGUACGCCCCUGGUAAGGCCGCCAACUGUGGUGGUGUCGCCGUCUCCGGUCUCGAGAUGGGCCAGAACUCGCAGCGUCUCAAGUGGGCCGCUGAGGAGGUCGACGCCAAGCUCAAGGACAUCAUGGUCAACUGCUACACCAACUGCCGUGAGACCGGCAAGACCUACGUCAAGGACUCGGCCGUCCCCUCGCUCGUCGCUGGUGCCAACAUUGCCGGCUUCGAGAAGACUGCUCGCGCUAUGAAGCAGCAGGGUGACUGGUGGUAA